AUGGAGAACGAAACUUCAUUUAAAAAUCCUGUUUUGGAAAUGAUGGCUCGACGGGAUCGGGAAAGGAAAUUAAUUAAAGAAAGAAAUCAACGAGAUCGUAGAGAAAAAUCUGAAUUGGAAGGAAUCGAUUAUUUCGAUUCAAUCUUUGAUAAGAAAGUUAUCGAAAUUGGAACUCGCUUUGACACUCUUCAACCCGGUGGUGAUUCUAUUCUAAUGCAAGAAGAAUUUACUUCAAUAGCUAAAGAUUUGCAAGAACUUCAACGCUACUUUACAAGUUCAACAAUUUUUCUGAAUGAUCAUAAAAUUCAGAGAUGCCAGAAUAUCAUUAAUCACUUGGUGACAAAAUCUGAAGAAAGAAAAGCAAGAAUUGUGCCUAAAAAGAAGUUUGGAUUUAAAAAUAAACCAGCGGUGAACCAACAGAAGACAGAAACAAAAGUUGUUGAAGUUGAAAAGGAAUCCAAGCAAAAAACUUUUGAGUGGACCGAUGCUGAAAAGAAAAACCUAGUCAUAGUGCUCAACUCUGAUAAAACAAAUAACCAGGAUUUAACAUUCAAGGACAUGGAGAACUGUGUGAUUAUUAUAAGAGGACAUCCAGGUUCAUUACAAAUGUCAAAAAUGAAGAAUUGCUUAGUGAUUUGCAAUCCAGUUGCGAGAUCAAUUUUUGGUGAUAAUUGUAAAAGUUGCACAUUUUCUUUUGCUUGUCAACAACUCCGUCUUCAUUCUUCAACGUCUUGUACCAUUUAUCUUUUCGUCACAUCACGAGCAAUUAUUGAAGAUUGCACUGAAAUUUAUUUUGCACCAUGCGCCGAAGUUUCUGAUGAUUUUGAGAAUAAUUUAAAACUUUCGGGACUUGAUGGAAGCGUGAAUAAUUGGGAAAACAUUGCUUCGGCUCCAAAACGUUUUUAUAAAAGCUCAAGUGUUUUGUUUAGUGAUGGAAAAUAUGAAAUCACUUUAGAUCAACGAAAGCUCAAAACACCCAAAGGAACAUUAUUUACAGUAGAAAGUGAACCAUUAGCCCUUGCAAUCGCCCAUGAAUGGAAUUCACAAAAGGAAACAAUUGAAAGGUCGAGGAUGAUGUUAACAGCUCUUAGUAACACUGUUAUUGACAACCCAAAUAAUUUAACAAAACUUGAUAUAAUCAACUAUCUCCUUUCGUAUGCUGAAACUGACACAAUUUUGUUUCACAAUGAAGCUGAGGCGGAUCUGUACAAACUUCAAACCGAUCAAUGGGAUCCAAUUAUAGAAUGGUUUAACAAACGUUAUGACACUGAUCUGAAGAAAACAGUUAAUAUUUCACCUCCAGUGUUUCCAUCAGGCGCAAAAAUGCAAAUAGCGAAAUAUCUUCAAUCACACGACAUGACGGCACUUCAUGGAAUUCAAUUCGCUGUUGAAACCGUCAAGUCAGUGAUUCUUGCUUUUGCUUGCAUCGAUCGAUUUAUCACACCUGAAAAAGCUGUGCUUUUAUCACGACUCGAAGAAGAGUUCCAAUUAGGACAUUGGGGUAGAGUUGAGUGGGCUCAUGAUCUUAAUCAACAAGAUCUUCAAAUGGCUCAAAAUUCUGCACUUAUCAUGAGAAUUAUGGCUAGCAGUAUUACAGUAGCCGAAAAAGCUGGAGAGGUUAUUCGAGAUAUUAUGAGUCGUGGAGAACUCGGCGUUGUAGAUAAGGGUCUCAAUACUGAUUUCGAUCCUCAAACAGAAGCUGACAGAUCAAGCCAAAAGUGUAUCAUCGGCUCCCUCUCAAAACAAUAUUCCAAACUCAAGAUUAUUGGAGAAGAAGGUGCCACCGACUUAAGCAAUGUACCGAAAGAAUUGAUAAUUAAUGGCAUGGAUGAGAACUUCUUAUCACAGUACAAAUGUCCAGAUUCAUUUAUAAAUAUCACUGAAAAUGAUCUCUGCGUUUGGGUUGAUCCACUUGAUGGAACGAGUGAAUAUGUGCAUGGUUUUCUUGAACAUGUCACUGUUCUUAUUGGAAUCUCUUUCCGAGAGAUGUCAAUUGGUGGUGUCAUACACCAACCUUAUUUUAAGUGCGCUAAGAGUGGGAAACUUGGAAGAACAAUUUGGGGAAUGAAGGAACUUGGCACUGGAGGCUAUACUUCCAAGAAGGCACCUGAGAACAAAUUCAUAAUUACUACAACACGUUCACAUUCAAAUGCGCUUGUUCAGACGACUCUUGAUUCCAUUCGACCUGAUGAUGUGCUUCGAGUUGGUGGAUGUGGUUUCAAAGUUUUGCAGCUUUUGGAGGGUAAAGCACAUUGCUAUGUGUUUGCUUCACCAGGUUGUAAGAAAUGGGAUACUUGCGCUCCUGAAGCAAUUUUAGAAGCAGAUGGUGGCGUGUUAACAGAUAUUCUUGGAAAGCAUUAUUCUUAUGGUCCAAAUGUUGAAUAUGCUAAUAAAACUGGAGUCCUUGCCACUGCACGCCAUACAAAUCAUCAAGAUUUAUUGGAGAAAAUUCCUGAUCACGUCAAAAAUAAACUUAAUGCUUAAAGGUUUUGUUCAUUCUGAGUUUAUUGGAGAUUUUUUGUAACUUUCUAGUUAUUUUUUGUUUGUUUGAAGUUUAAGUUAACUUACAGGGGAUAUUUAAAAUUUAAGUUAAUCAUGGUUGAAUUAUUUUUAGUUAUAGUUCGAGUUUGGACUAAAUAUUUUAUAUUUUUGUAUGCAAUUGGAAAAAGGCAAAAUCUUGUGAUAGAUUAACAUCUCAACAAAUCAUUUGAUGGUUUCAUUCUUCCGAGAAUUAAAAAUUAAACAAAAUAUUCUUGCAAUCUUUGCCAUGUCCGAAAUAUUAAUAUUCACAAAUGAAUCUUUCCAUUAAAUUGAUUGCUUCUAAUAAAUAUAAAUAAUAUUAGCUUUAAGUGCUUUUUUAUAUUAUAUUUAUGUCAUUGGAAUAAGAGAGUCAAGAUAAUAAAACGUUAAUUCAUUUAAAAACUCCUUAAGGAAAUACCUUUUAAAUAAGAUAUCUUCAGACGAUCGAUAGAGGUAGUAAAACUGCUAAUUUUUGUACAAGAUAUUCUAUUUAAAAGUGCAUAAUUAAGGAGUUAUUAAGGAAAAAUCUUUGCCUGAG